AUGUCAACUCUGGUGGCGGCAGAGGCGACUACUUCGACGGAAACGCGUGAGAYAGCUUCGACUGCGAGGACGUUGGUGGCAACGUCAGCGGAAGAAACGGCAGAUGGAAUCGCUACACCAUCUCUGGUAGAAUCGACGACUUCCGUUACGCCGCCGGCAUCCGAGACCACUGAGAUUAUAGCCAUCUCCCGACAGAUCAACUGCGCCCUGGAAUGCCCAAUAUGUUUGACCCUGAUGUCGGCCAUGUCGUGCUUUUGCCCUAAUGGGCAUGCAGUGUGUCAGCCAUGCAUGCAGACGCUGUUCAACACCGACCAUACUCGCAACACCCUGUGUCCGUUGUGCCGGACGUCGAUGGAGCAAUCCGUGAGCAUGUCGGCCAUUGUCAAAAAACUGGUCGAGGUGUCAAGAUCGGUGAAGGUGGCAUGCUCCAACCAGUCAUUAGGAUGUCCCGAGCUGGUACCCGUGCUUCACGUCAGCGAACACGAAUCCGUGUGCCGGUAUGUAGCGGGUGUGAAGUGUCAGGUGGGCUUGUGYCAGUGGGUUGGCAUGUACGAACAGCUAUACGAACACGUGUUGAACAUGCACCCCGGUGUCGCUGUUCAGUCUUCGACGAAUCGGCUGAUGGUGACCGACGUUAAAGAWAUAAAAAAAUACCGAAGCCGGACAUACUUGGUCCAGUCUACGUACGGCAUGAUUUGGGUGCUGUUGUCACGGACGACGCGGUCACGGAUCCAGGCGGGACUAUUCAUGGUGGACCGCAAAUGGAGUGGCCGACACUCGACAUCAGAACCCGACCAAAAUUUCAYCAACUCGAGUCAAUCUGACAUUCUAUACCGGAUUACGUGGUUUGAUGAUAACGACAGGGCAAGAACUAGAAGCAGGACGAAGGUGGUAAAUUGGAGCACUACCCUGAAGGAGGCCAGCCACGCAUUAAUGAACAACGCGUAUUCCAUGUUCCGGUCCAGGAAGGGUAGCAUGGAGAUCAGCUGGUUCCCGUCUCAUCGACACAAUAAUAACCACCGUACUAUCCUUUGACUUAUUGUAGUAUUGCAUAGACAUACAGUGACRGUGUAAAAGUAAUUCGACCACAGAAAUUCAGUGAGUGUAUGUGUGUGAACUGUACUAAUAAUACUAUACCUAGAUCCGAUAGGUACGUGCGACAAAGCGGGGAUGUGUCAAAUUUUAUUCAUUAUUUAUCGUCGUCAAUAUUAAAAGCUUUCCACCGUGGGUCAACUCAACUACGCUUACUACGAAAUCGUAUGUGUAUGGAACGUUUGUAUAAUAAUUUGUUUUUAAUUUAUUUGUUUUUUAACUGAUUAAUAA